AUGGCAUACACGUCCAAGUACCACGACGACUCGGACGAGGAUUACGAGGCCAGCGACGAGCACGAGCGCAGCGUCAUCCAGAGCCCGACCCUCCCCGUUGACUACGCUGAGAGCUCGCCCACCUCGUCCGGGCCCAUGAGCACCGAGCACACGCCCACCACCUUCACCCACUCGCGAGACAGCAAGGGCAGCCCCACCGGCCUGAUCACCGAGUGGACCAAGGAGCAGGUCGCCGACUUUGUCGCCGGCCUGGGCCUGAAGCAGUAUGCAGACACCUUCAUUGAGCACGAGUUCUCGGGCGAGGUCCUGGUUGAAGUCCAGCAUGCCGAGCUCAAGGAGAUCGGCCUGCACAGCGUCGGUCACCGCCUCACCAUCCUCAAGGCCGUCUACGAGAUCAAAGUAAAGCAAAACGUGCCCAUCGAGCCUGAUCACUAUGUCCCACUGUCCGCGGACACGUCCGCCCAAGAUGCCCCACCCACACAGGAAGACUUCGCCAAGGUCAUACGCGUGGUACAGGCACGCGACGAGCGGUUGCAUGCCAGCGAGAUGGAGAUACGGCACCUCAAAGAGGACCUGAACCGCGUGCUCGAGGACUACAAGAAGCUCCGCGACGAGACCCUUGCCAUGGCACGCGCAUACAAGGACAGCCAGCAGCCGCUGCCCACGCCCCACGACCAUUCUGUCACGUCGCCUCCGGCUGCAACAGGAGGGGGCGUGGGGAGCAGUCUGUCACGUAAGUUCUCUACCAAGAGACUUUUCCUUGCCUCCGGCGGCCCGAAGAACCCCUCUCCGACUAUUCCGGAAGGGCGCGCCUUGGUCGACAAUUCGUCUCUCGAUCCCUCCGCAGCAGCUCUGGCAGCAUCCUCACACCUCACAGCGUCAAUUGCCGGCGGCCAGCAAAUGUCACCCAAUGCCGUUCCGCAGCCCUCUCCUACCUCUCCCGCAUAUCAAACAAACAACCAGAACCGUUCCUAUAAUUCUCGCAGCGCACAUCCAGAUCAUGAUAGUACGCAGAGCUGGUCUCGGGACAACAGUACUUGGUCCGACUCAACGAUGACAUCAGAACGCGCGCGUAAUACACCUGCGCCGCUCAGGGCACCGAUGCGGAACGCAGCACCAACGCCCAACCCUGACGAUCGCGAUCCUCCACUCUCCGGUGGUACCAUGAGCUCGACGCCCUCCGCGCAGUCAUCCUCAACAAACCCGCAAGUCGAAAUUUUCAAAUCGUUCCGCGUAUCCAUCGAUGAUCCAUGCCAUAAAGUUCUGCCUGUUGCACUAAAGAAGUACAACAUCACUGCCGAUUGGCGACAGUACGCAUUGUACAUUGUACACGGCGACCAAGAACGAUGCUUGGGCUUAAACGAAAGGCCCUUGAUAUUAUUCAAGCAAUUAGACAAGGAAGGUCGCAAACCUAUGUUUAUGCUGCGAAAACACGCAGCCCCUGCUGAAGGCCACGUGAGCACUGUUGGCGGCAACGAUAUAAGAAGCGUGGGGGGAGGAACCGGCAGUUUUGGAUGGGAUGGGAACAACAGAGGGGUCCAAUUACCUGGCGGCGUUUUAUAG